GGCGACCGUCCAAAAACUCGAACCGAAUCGGGGAAAGAAGAGAGAGAGAAGCAAAUCGCGUUUCGCCAUGGCUCCGAGCACGUCUCUUCCCUUCCUCCUCCUCCUCGGCGCGCUCCUCGCGGUCGCUCUCCUCUCGUCGGCGGCCGAGCCUGAGGCGUUCGACGUCCGCCGCCACCUCUCCACCGUCACCAGGUACGAUGUGGCCAGAGGGUCCAACAGUAUGGUCUCCGCGCCGUCUAUCUCGGAUCAGUGCCGCGUGAUCCACCUCAAUCUCGUUGCAAGACAUGGGACUCGUGCUCCUACCAAAAAGAGGAUCAAGGAGUUGGAUAGGCUGGCGGUUCGUCUGGGAGCUCUUGUGAAUGAGGCAAAACAAGGACCUGACAGUGAUUCUCUGAAGAAAAUCCCGUCCUGGAUAGAGGGAUGGGAGUCACGUUGGAAGGGUAGGGUGAAAGGCGGUGAGCUGGUUAGUGAAGGCGAGGAAGAGUUGUUCAAUUUUGCUAACAGAGUGAAGGAGAGAUUUCAAGGCCUUUUUGAUGAAGAAUAUCACCCGGACGUAUACUCAAUAAGAGCAACUCAGGUUCCUCGAGCAUCAGCUAGUGCAGUAGCAUUUGGUUUGGGAUUACUUUCUGGGAAAGGAAAACUUGGAGAAGGGAAAAACCGCGCCUUCUCUGUUCUGAGUGAGAGUCGUGCAAGUGAUAUUUGUCUGCGAUUCUUCGAUAGCUGUCAAACAUACAAGGACUACAGAAAAAGAAAGGAGCCUGAUGUUGAGAAGCAAAAGGAACCAAUUCUAGAAAUCGUCACGUCUGCUCUAGUCAACCGUUAUCACCUCAAUUUUACAAAACAAGAUGUUUCUUCGCUCUGGUUCCUUUGCAAACAGGAAGCAUCCUUACUGAAUAUAACCAAUCAAGCUUGUCAACUUUUCAAUGAAGCUGAGGUUUAUUUUAUGGAGUGGACAGAUGAUUUGGAGGGUUUUGUCCUUAAAGGUUAUGGUGAGUCAAUAAACUAUAAAAUGGGACUACCAUUGCUCAAGGAUGUUGUCCAGUCAAUGGAAGAAGCAAUCAUAGCUAAAGAAGAAAACCACCCUGAUGGUACAUAUGAGAAGGCAAGGCUCCGAUUUGCACAUGCAGAAACUGUUGUUCCUUUCACAUGCCUCCUUGGUCUUUUCCUGGAAGGAUCAGAUUUUGAGAAGAUACAGCGGGAGGAACCAUUGGAUCUACCUCCUGUGCCACCACAGACAAGAAAUUGGAAGGGCAGUGUUGUAGCACCUUUUGCUAGCAACAAUAUGUUGGUUUUAUACCAAUGCCCUGGCAAAAUUAAUGGCGGCAAAGUAUCUCAGGAUCAAAACAGCUCUUACUUUGUACAGGUUCUACACAAUGAAGCCCCAGUUUCUAUGCCAGGCUGUGGCAACAAGGAUUUCUGUCCAUUUGACGAGUUCAAGGAAAAGAUAGUCCAGCCGCAUGUGAAGCAUGACUUCGAUGUGCUAUGCAAGAUAAAGAAACCCGUGGUAACAGAGGAGCCAUCCUCUUUCAGCUCCAAGCUGUCGAACUUUUUUCUGGCUUCCUUCUCCCGGAAAGGGUACCAUGUUAAGGCACAGGACAUGAAGACUGAGUUGUAAACUUGACCGACAAACGGAGUACGCGCUGCUUCUGGGAUGCGAGCACGACCAUGGAGCGGGACUGCGUCGCGGGCACUAACCUAGGGUAGGAUUGUGAUGAGAGAGCCCAGCGUGUAUCAGAAUUUCAGCGUGUAUCAUGUAGGGUAUGUUUAGGUUUUAAGCUUCACGCGUAGCUUGCACGUACGGAACUUAAGACUUUGCUAUGCUGCGUCCUUUGCUCCUCUGGUUACUUUUGGAACGUGGGAUAUCUUCUUCUCUGGUUUUUGUGGGACGAACACAUAUGACGGUGUUCAGGUAUUUUGAGAUCCUAGUUUGAUCAUAACAUGCAAAGUUUCUACGUA